AUGCUUGAGCGCGGCCCCGAGGCGCUCAACCGCUACCUAGCGUCGAGCUUCGAGCCAUCCAUCGGUAGCGAGAUGCCGCAGCUGGAAGUGCGCUACAAGAAUCUGUCGGUGACAGCCGUGUUGGAAGUGCAAGAUGUGCACCCCAAACGGCUUGGUAUGGACACUGCGGUGUACGCGGAAUACGCGCUGGGGGAGUUCACGCUCAAGUCGUCGCGGAAGCAACGGGCUCCGACGACAGGGGGAGCGGAACAUACAAGUGCGCGGUGGACACGCAGUCGCUCUUUGCGUUCGGGAAAAGGACGGCCGAGUUCUGCACAAGGAGGUGGUUUCGAGUGGUGUGAGUGGUGGAUCGAAAGAGGUCGAUCGAGAAGGGGAACAACAACAAGCUCAAGCAAGGCUCAAGGACGGCUACAAGGCGUCAAGGGACGACGUGGUGGUGAACAUGAGGAAGCCGGGAAACCUAGCGAACGCGGCAGCAACGGAUACGCUGGCCAGCGCGCAGGUGGUAAACCCUACAAGAAUGUAUGCAGUGAAAAGGCUGCAGCUGACAAGCAUCAUGCGGAGAGCAGCAGAAUGGCUGUACGCUCGUGACCAAGACGGCUACGACUCAUGUCGUCGAGGGGGAGUGUUGGAAGUGCAAGAUGUGCACGUACAUCGACUCCAGAGUAGUAUCCUAUGUUACGGCACAUGGAAGGUUCUAGAAGGAUCUAGGCAUAGUGAUAGGUCUUAGCUAGCGGAUGGUUGGUUAGUUCUCACUUCGAGAUUGGUAAAGCCACUGACGAGGCCCCGGCGGGGGCCGAAACGCGUCUGGCACGCGUUCAAUCCAAGUCAUUCACAUCUACU